GUGUCACCUUAUCUUCUCUUAAGAAGUAUCACAGCUCUCAUAGAAGCUUGCAAAAGAUUAUCGUGACGACAAAUAUAGUUAUAUUGACUAUUUAUAUUGUGAGACAAGUUACGCUCAUGAAAAAGACGGUUGUUCUGGUUGGCCUAGGUCACUGCCACGUUCAGGUAGUGAGGAGCUGGAAUAAGGUUCUUGACAAGCAUUGGAAGAAGAUAGUUAUUUGUCCAGAAGAUAAAGUUGUAUAUAGUGGAAUGGUAACUGGAUGUAUAGCAGGCGACUACCAGUUGGAAGAAGCUUGCGUAGAUGUCAAGUCGGUUUGUAGUUAUUUUGGUUGGACUUGGGUCAAGUCCGCGGCCUAUGAAAUAAUACCUGAAAAACAAAGGAUUCGCUGUAGGUCCACAAGAGGAACCCAAUUUGAACUUUCCUACGACGUUUUAUCUAUCAAUGUUGGAUCAGAAACUCCUUCGUUGGGACAAGUCGCGGUUGAUGAGGCUGUGUUGAAAUGUGGCCGCAUCUUAACUGUUAGACCGAUUGGUACAGUAUUGUCCAAACUGGAUCGAUUGGAAAAGGAACUCUUAGAAGAGAGAAGCUGUAGAGAUUCUAUUGUUGUAGUUGGAGGAAGUUAUGCCGGUGUAGAACUCGCAUUUUGUUUAGAAAGUCGUUUGAGAAAGAAAGGUAUCGAUAACAACGUUUGUAUUAUUGAGUCAGCAUCGGAUGGUUUACGUCGUAACUUUGGUAUUUUACCAGCUAUGCUUAUAAGGAAUGCCUUGAGAGGAAGAAAUAUUCAAUAUGAAGAUAGUCUCCAUAUCGUUGCUAUCAAAGAGAGAGAAAUGUUUUUUCAGAAUGGUACUCGUUUACCUUAUGCUUUUAUACUUUUGUGUACUGGAGCUGAACCUCCCAAGUUUCUUCGACAAUGUGACUCUUUGGCUAAAGAUAACCAAGGGUUUGUAAAGGUACUGCCAACCCUGCAAACCUUAGAUUAUUCCAAUAUCUUUGCCUGUGGAGAUUGUUGUUCUUUUUUUGGAAAUCUUCCGAAAGCUGGAGUUUAUGCAGUUCGACAAGGAGCUAUUUUGGGAGAAAAUAUUCGCUUGUUGUGUGAGUCCUAUUCUUAUAAUUGGAAUCAACCCCAGCUUUAUCAUUUUUGUCCUCAGAAAUAUUAUCUUUCUUUAAUAUCAACUGGCGAUAAACGAGCAAUUGGCGUGAAAUAUGGUUUAGCUUGCUAUGGGCGUUGUCUAUGGAAACUGAAAGAUAAGAUUGAUCGAGAUUGGAUUCAUAAGGUCAAUCAAACAACGGAUGCAUCUCAUCAUUUUUGGUGAAUGAGAAAGAGAUGCAUUAGAAU